UAACUGACGAAUUCUCCUUGGGUAAUUUUAUCUUAAGAUAAUAACUACGCACAUUCCUCAAAUGUUCUAAGAACCUUCAAUAAUCAUUCAAAAUGUUAUCGACCACCCGAAAGAAAAUUACAAGAAAAAAUGAAUCUGUCAUUCAACGGUGCUGAAAAAAAAGUUUCUAAAACGACCAACUUCGCGACAUCUAAUACCGUCGAAGAAGAAAAGAAAAAGACUGCCAAUGAAGGUAGUGAUUUGGGCCUUUGUGACACCAGCGCCAAUCGCUACAUCGAAGAUAACUCCAACACCAUCAACAUCCUUCUACUUGGCGAAACCGGAGUAGGAAAAUCCACAUUCAUCAACUCCUUCGCCAACUACGUGAACAGCGAAACCUUCGACGAGGCCAAAAAAAAGAAAACAGUUGUCCUUAUACCAACACAAUUCACAAUCUACGAUCCGAAAACCAACUCGAAAACGAUAAAAGUGGGCAAAGAUGACAACGAAAAACAACAGGUGGGCUCGUCGGCCACCCAGUCAGUUAAAUCGUACGUAUUCCCAACGAACAACAGACUCAUCCGCCUGAUCGACACUCCGGGCUUUGGGGACACCGGGAGCGUGGAAAAGGACGAACAACACUGCGAAGAAAUCUUAGCCUAUCUGGACCAACUGAAUCAUAUAAACGCCAUCUGUUUAUUAAUGAAGUCUUCGAACGAGAGGAAUACGAUAUUUUUUCAAUAUUGUGUGAAACGGAUCUUGUCGCAGUUUCACAAGAGCGCCUGCAAGAACGUGGUUUUUCUGUUUACGAAUACCAAAAGCAAUGAUUACAACCCAGGUUCUACGCUGCCCAUUUUGAUAGAUAUGACGAAAAAAAUCAGGGAGAAUAUUUCCAUAUCAAAGGAUAACAUUUUUUGUAUCGACAACGAAUCUUUUAAACUGUUGCUGGCGUUAGAGAAAAAGGUAAAUUUGGCCAUAGAGACGAUGAAUAGCUGUCAGAGAAGCUGGACCUAUUCUUCCGACGAAAUUCGAAGAUUCAUGGUUCACAUAGCAACACUGGAGCCUCAUGAUGUAAGGCACACCGUCAGCCUUAACAAAAUGAAGAAUUUGAUUCUUGGAUUAUCGAAACCGUUGUCGGACAUUUUUCAGCUCUUACAACAAAAGAUCAUAGAACUCCAAAACAAGGAGGAAGAAUUGAAGGAAACAAACUUAAGCAUCACUGAACUGAAGAAAAAACGAUAUAAACCAACCGUCGACUUGGAAAUAGUUCCUCUCGACCAUCCGGUUUUGGUUUGUACAAAUUUGAGUUGUGUCGAGCCCGUCGAGGUCGGAAACAUGACAAAGUUUCGGUAUAAAACAAAAUGUCUGGAUCCGUGUUGGAUAGGAAUAAUUAACUACGAAAAAAUGGGACAUUGGAGUCUCAGGUUUUGCAGCGUAAUUGGUUUUCUUGAUUUUAUUUGUAAACAAUGCAAAUGUUCUGGUUCGAAACACAUGAAUAUCUACUACGAAACUAAAAUUGUGAAAAAGCAGAUCGUGGACGAAAGUGUGCAGACAACUCACAAGAGCGAAAAAGAACAGCGCGAUGAACUCAUGAAGAGCUUGGUGCAGGAAAAAGACGAACUCAUCGAGGAGGAGCAGUGCAUCAGCAAUUAUACUGCGAAGUUUGCGCAUUUUUUGGAAAACAAUUUCAUCACAACUGCAUACGAUACUUACAGGGAGUACCUCAACUUAUCACUUGAAAGCAUGAGGAGUCUUGGAAGCGAAGAUAAUUCCAAAGUCGUUUUCAAUCUAGAGAGCGCUUUAAAAAAGCACGAUGAAUUGAUAAAGUUUCUUAACGAAAAUAAGAAAUUUCAAGACGGAGAAGAGAUCACUGCCAAAAGCGUACAAGAUGAUACUAAAAAACUUUUUAAGCUGAAACACAUGGGGCCCAAGAUUCAAGAAAUUGUCAAUGCAAGAAUAAAGUGCAUUCAGAAUGCAAUUAAAGCAAACGUCAAGUCUGUUAUUACUAAAGAAAUUCCGUUCUGGUUUUUCAGUAAAGGCUUGCACAUGGCAUCUUAUGUUCCGGUCAUAAGAGAGUUUCUAUCUAAGGAUACCACGCACAAGCAUUAUAAAAAGAAGCCCUUUAUACAUCAUGAGGACUAACGUUAAUAUAUAUGGUAAUGGAAGUGAUAUUUUCUUUGACAAUAAGUCCAGCGUUAUAAAUAAGACCAAAAAUAAAUUUUCGGUUAUACAUUAAUUUAAUUAAUAUACUUGACUUAUUCUGUUUAUAGGUAUUAGUUUUAGAUUGUAAGUAAUUAUGUAGAGGGGAGUUAUUAUCAUUAUUAUACUUACAUAUUAUA